AUAGAUCAUCUUCUGCGAGUCCUGAAAGAUGCGAGGAACCCUGUUAUAUAGUAGUGUGUUGGUGGCGCUCGCGGAAGCGCAGCAGUUGUAUCUUACAACUACUGGCUAUACUGAGCGUCUGCAGUGUACGCAGCCGGCUGCAUCGCCUGAGUACUCUUUUCGUCCGUUCUCUUAUACUUUGAAUGAGACUGUUCGAUAUGCUACCUCGGUACCGGCGCCAACAACCACCCAAACAUAUGCAGCACCGUACUCCGAGGCUGUCAAGCACCUAACCACACCCCCCGCAACCACAACAUGGGGCAGUUGGCUUCCUGGCCAGACAGAUAUCCCAGCCACUGACACGGACGACCCCUAUGGACAAGCGGCAUGGUCUUCGUUAUGGGAGCUAGCUGAUAUCAAGAACUACACGACCACUGGUCUGUAUUCGACAACGGCCAGUCCAACGCCAGUCCCAAGCAGCGAGCUGGUUCUUCCACCUCGAAACUACUUUGGACCUACGGAUUGCUACAACUUCCCAGACGACUUUGUCUUCGGUGUUGCUGGAAGUGCCGCUCAGGUCGAAGGUGCUGUGGGCUUAGAAGGUCGCAGCCCUACCAUCCAGGAGAAUCUGGCGACCAUUGAUCAACCGAAGAACUAUGUGACCAAUGAGAACUACUACUUGUACAAGCAGGACAUUCAGCGCCUGGCGGCUAUGGGUGUCAAGUACUAUAGUUUCUCGAUUCCAUGGACGCGGAUCCUGCCGUUUGUCGUGCCCGGAUCCCCUGUGAACGAGCAGGGUAUCAAGCACUACGACGAUUUGAUCAAUACGAUUCUAGACGCGGGAAUGCAGCCAGUGGUGACUUUGAUCCACUUCGACAGUCCAUGGCUAUUCGUAUCCAGCGACAAUUUCUCCGCUACUCCUGACUUCGGUAACGCCAAUGGGGGCUACCACAAUGAGACCUUUGUGGAUUCGUUCGUCAACUAUGCGAAGAUCGUUCUUACACACUACGCGGAUCGAGUUCCCGUUUGGUUCACAUUCAACGAACCGUUCCUCUACUCGUUCAACUUCACCGGCGCAAACAAUGUUGUCCAUGCGCACGCGCAAGUGUACCAUUUCUACAAGGAUGAACUGAAAGCAACCGGCAAGAUCGGAAUCAAGUUCAACGACAACUUUGGCGUUCCUCGCGAUCCCACCAAUUCUAGCGACAUCGCCGCGGCAAACCGAUUCCAGGAAAUCCAGCUAGGUCUCUAUGCCAACCCCAUCUUCCUAGGAAAGCAAUACCCCGAUUCCGUUCUCGAGACCCUACCUGGCGCCAAACCCCUCAGCGAAGACGAACUGUCCUACAUCAGCAACACCUCCGACUUCUUCGGCAUCGACCCAUACACAGCAACAGUAGUCUCUGAACCACCAGAAACCUUCACCGACUGCGCAGCAAACCACACCACCGCCAACACCCUCUUCCCCUACUGCGUCGUCCAAGAAACCAAAACCAUCCACGACUGGAGCAUCGGCUACCGCUCCCACAGCUACGUCUACAUAACACCCACCUACCUCCGCGAGUACCUAAACUACCUUUAUAACACCUUCCGCAAGCCCGUGCUCGUCUCAGAGUUCGGAUUCCCCGUGUAUAAGGAGAAUGAGAAAGAAGAGCUCUCAGACCAACUUUUCGAUACACCACGCAGUAUUUAUUAUAUGUCUUUUAUGUCUGAGAUUCUCAAGGCGAUUCAUGAGGAUGGGGUACAUGUUAUGGGUGCUUUGGCGUGGAGUUGGGCGGAUAAUUGGGAGUUUGGGGACUAUACGCAGCAGUUUGGGUUGCAGGUUGUCAAUCGGACGACGCAGGAGAGGUUUUUUAAGAAGAGUUUGUUUGAUUUGGUUGAUUUUGUGGGGGCGAGGAUGGGUUCGUAGUGAGAUGGGUUAAUUGGGUUCUGGUAUGAUUGUGAUGAUCAAGUUCAAGGUUCUUGAAUUCGGCAUGAGUGUAAAUAGUCCCUGGGGAUUUACUUCGAAAGCGAAGACUAUAUUAUUAUUUCGGCGAUAUAUUCUAUACACAGGACUGGAAAGCUAAUUCUACUCUGUAGCCGUGGGAAUUCAAUAUAUAUAGACCUCUCAUUAAAUAAAAAUCAGGUCUUGCUCAAGAAUCGCAAACGGGGUCCAAAAAAGAUCAGGCCCUACUUACAAGUAGUAUCCGCGGAAUAGGCCGUUUUGAUAGGGCAAGAAAAUAGGGGCUUGUGCUUUCAGCUGAACUGUAGUAAGAGGGCUGGAAAGAAGCAAAUAUUCCGAAGCACUCCGUAGAAAACUCAUACAGUAAAACCCGGAUAGAAGCAAUUGAUCUGGCCAGGCA